AUGGCGGCGGCGCUGGAGCGGGCGCUGGGCUCGGCGGGGCCCGGGACGGGCCCGGUGCCCGAGGUGCCGGAGGUGUCGGAGCCGGUGCUGGUGCUGGGCCCGGCGGGCUCGGGCCGCACGGCGCUGCUGCUGCAGGCGGCGCUGGCGGGCGGCGCCCAUGGGCCCCGCGCGCUGUUCCUGGCGCCCAGCGCGGUCCCGCGGCUCCCGAACGGCGGCGGCGGAACAGGCACGGACCCCAGAGCGCUGCAGCGCCUGGAGCUGCGUUACCCCCGUUCCCGGGGGUCCCUGUGCCGUGAACUGGGUGCUCUGUCCCUUCGCCCCCCCGACCUGCUGCUGCUGGACGGGCUCGAGCAGUACCUGGGGGAGUCCCCGGGGGGCUGCGCCCGCCUGGCCGCGCUGCUGCUGGAGACCACCCACCCCCCCGGCCCCCGGGGCCACCCCCGACCCCCCCCCCAGGUGGUGGCGGCUCUGCGCCUGCCCCCCCCUGCCCCACACGUGCUGCCCACCCUGCGCAGGUUCUUCCCCGCCCGCUGCCUCCUGAGCCCCCGGCCCGGGGGGCUCGUGGGGGUCCGGCUGAGCCGCCCUGGGAGGCCCCCCCGGCGCUGGAGGCUCCGCUUGGACCCCCACGGGGAGGGGGAGGGGGGCGAGGAGGAGCAGGAGGAAGAGGAGGAGGAGGAGGAGGGGGGCAGUGACCCGGAGGAGGAGUGGGGAUGACACCCCCCCGGCACGGGGGACAUGGACUGAUUUGACACACCCCCCUGGUGGGUGACAAGGACUUGAUGUCACCCCCAAAAUGGGUGACAUGGAACUGAUGUCACCCCCCCCGCAGGUGACACAAACCCAACGUCACCCUGUCCCUGAACGUUUUGGGGUGGCCCUGCCACCGUCCCCCGUGACGUGGGGACACAGGCGGUGACAGGGCUCCAGGUGUCCACUGGGCCCCCUCAGUGCCAUCUGGGGGCUCCUGAUAAGGGUUAUCAGCCCCCCCCACCAGCUCCUGAGCACCCGCCACCCCUCAGGGCCCCACGUGUCCCCAAGUGCUGCUCCAAGCGCUCCCAGUUCCUCCCAGUGUCUCCCCAGUGCCCCCAGUGCUCUCCCUAUUACCCUUUGGUGUUCCCCAGUGCCCUCCCAGUGUCCCUAUUGCCCCCCCAAUGUGCCCCAGUGCUCUCCCAGUUACCUCCUGGUAUCUCCCCCUGUCCCAGUACCCCCAGUGUCCCCAGUCACCCAUCCCAGCGCUCCCAGUUCCCCCCAGUGGGUGGGGCCAGCCAUCGUUUAUUGUGUAUUUACUGUACAUUUAUUGUCCAU